AUGGGAAUCUUAAAAGGAAAAGACACUGCAUUGGAGCAUAUCGAGAAAUCCAAAUUGGCUUUUUUAGCAACAUUAUCUGAAGCUGAAAAAGGACCAUCGACGAAUACAAUGCCACCCAAAGAUCAUUUCAUAUUGAAAUUCGAUCGACCAUCGAUCAAAAACUUAAAAGGACGUGUUUACGAAAACAUGAAACAAUAUACAUAUGAACAAAGAGGUGAAAGUAUUCCUGUAUUUUUGAAUAAUACCGAAGGUGGCGAUGGUCAAGGCGGUCUUAUUAAUCCAAUCAAGCCUGAAGUACCAACUGUUGGCAAACAAUACUGUGCUUGUGUUUAUGACGAUCUCAAAAUUAUUGAUUGUCUCGUCGAAAUCGAUUGGAACGAAACCGACGAAUUAGUUAAAACAGCCAAUGCUCGACGAAAAUCUGUCGUUUAA